AUGGCCCGUUCAGAUGAAGCAGAAGCCUUUGCCUACGGCGUCUAUUCCGCCAUUCAAGAAAUUCCCUACGGCCGCGUCACCACUUAUGGUCACAUUGCUGCCCUCAUAGGGACACCCCAACGUUCUCGUCAGGUGGGCGUUUGCUUGAAACAUCUGCCCCUGGCCGAGAGUGAAUCGCCGUACCACAAUGGCAAUGUCCCGUGGCAGCGCGUCAUAAAUGCCAGGGGAAUCAUAUCACCG